AUGCAUCUCUCCGACUUACCGACUGCCCUCCUGGCAACAGCAUCGAUUCUCCACCUCACAACCGCACAAACCACAUACCCACCCAGCAGCUCCAAACGCGGCCUCGCCUACGUCAAACCCGACGAUGACGCCGCGGACAACGCCUUCUGGACCGACUCCUCCCUAACAUGGUACUACAACUGGCAAGCAACCCCAAGCUCCCAGCUCUCCUCUUCCUCCCUCCAGUUCGUGCCCAUGCUCUGGGGCUCCGCAAAUUCCAACGGCUUCCACGAUACUGUCAAAUCGCAACUCGACAGCGGCAAGAACAUCACCCACGUCCUCGGCUUCAACGAACCAGAUGGUUGCCACGGCGUCGAAGGCGGGUCCUGUCUCGACGCACAAACCGCCGCGAAAAUCUGGAUAAGGGAGAUGGAACCGCUGAAGGAACUGGGUGUCAAACUCGGAGCGCCGGCCGUCACGAGUGCUCCGACUGGUUUCAACUGGUUGGCGAAUUGGUUCUCGGCGUGUGACGGGCAGUGUAAUCCGGACUUCAUCCCGGUGCAUUAUUAUGGCGACUUUCAAGGGUUCGCGAGCCAUAUUGGACAGGUGAAUGCCACGUAUGGGAACAUGACGAUGUGGGUGACUGAGUGGGCGUUUCCGAAGUCGAAAAAUCUGGAGGGCAGUCAAGAGUUUUUCAACCAGAGCGUGGCGUUUGUGGAGAGGGUGCCAUAUAUCGACCGCUACUCUUACUUCGGAGCCUUUCGCUCAAGCGCUUCCAACGUCGGUAAAAAUGCCGCGAUGCUGACGCAGAAAGGCCAAUUGACUGACAUCGGCGCGUGGUAUUUGGGGAAGGCGGCCACGGGCAAUAUUCCGAAGGGUGAUGCGGUGCGGACGACGAGGUUUGCGGGAUCGUGA